AUGCCACGACUGGAGGUCAAGAAGAACAAGGUCAAAGAGAAUUCAAGGCGCAACGGGGACACAAAGCUAUCGAAAGACCGAAAGGACACGAGGACUACCUUGGCUCAAUUUCAUGGGGGCAUGCAAAUUUGGAUUGUUGUGCAGUUUGAUGCGCGAGAGACUGAAAAAAUGAUUGAUGGUGUGUGGCUACGAGAGAAAGAGGAGGGGAAGCACAUCGGGACUGCUUCACCAACCACCGAAACCCUUAACGGAAUUCCAAAUUCAACAAAUGCUUCAGGGCGAAAAUUCAGUAGUGGAACCGUUGUUAUAUAA